AUGAUAAAAAUAGUUGCAGAAGCUAAGAAUGCUUCAUCAAAGAAAAGAAAGAUAACUAUUGGUGAAAAUGAGGAAGAAAGUGAGAGUCUUGAAGGAGGACACAAGGUAUUCGGUUUUAAAGGAAAAGAAAAAGUUACUACUACUAGCAAGGGGGGAGUCCAAGCAACUAUAAAUCAAAUGAUGAAAAAAGGAUACAAAGAAGUUGAUGCUCAAGUGGCUGAAUUUUUUUACACCAGUGUCAUUCCUUUUAAUGUAAUUAGAAAUCCAGCAUUUGCAAAGAUGUGUGAAAUGAUUGGUAAGUAUGGAGAUGGAUACAAACCACCAUCUUAUCAUGAUAUUAGAGAGAACCUCUUGAAACAAGCUAUGAGGAAAACAAAUGCAAAUCAUGAGGAAUAUAAGGAGGAGUGGAAGAGAACUGGAUGUACAAUUAUGUCUGAUGGUUGGACGGAUAGAAAAAGACGUUCUAUUUGCAACUUAUUGGUGAAUAGUCCUAAAGGGACUUUUUUUCUUUAUUUACUUGACACUUCAGACAUUUCAAAAACAGCUGAUAAAGUUUUCAAAAUGUUGGAUGAUGUUGUCGAGUUUGUUGGACAAGAAAAUGUUGUUCAAGUUGUCACUAAUAAUGCUACAAAUUUCAAGGUAGCCGAAGAGUUGUUGAUGCAAAAAAGGAAAAAAUUGUAUUGGACUCCAUGUGCAGCACAUUGCAUUGAUUUGAUAUUUGAAGAUUGUGAAAAGAAAUUAAAGGUCCAUGAAUUGACCAUAAAGAAGGGAAGAAAGAUUAUAACUUACAUUUAUGGGAGAUCAAUGUUGAUUUCCUUGUUGAAAAAGUUCACUAAAGGUAGAGACUUGAUAAGAUCGGGUGUGACUAGAUUUGCCACAACUUAUUUAACUUUUGCUUGUCUUCAUGAAUUGAAGGCAUCAUUGUUGACCAUGCUUAGCUAA